AUGGCCAAGAGGAGCUUUGCACACUGGGAUGUCUGGGAGACACUUCAGGGGGAAUGGCAAGCACAGCGCCGGGGUGACCUGGUGAAGCGCCAAGAAUAUAGGGGAGAUCUCAAGACCGACGUGUACAACACCUUUGGUGCGAAUGAGGGCGCGGCCAAAGAAGACUACCUCGAGUGGCUACAGAAGAGACGGUCCGACGCUUGGGAGGAAUGGCGUAGGCUCAAAAAGAGGAUAAGGGAUGGAAAACUGGAUUGUCACCAGCAGGGGGACCCUGAAGCCUUGCUUAUUGCUAAGUAUGAGCGAUACUUCGCCGAAACACCAGAGGCGGGGGCCUUUUGGACAGAAAUUAACAGUCACUUUCCAAACCAUAUUCCACCAUGGAAUAGUCGAUCCGGGAAAGAUUCGGCGGAAUGUGAUAUUGACCAAAAGUGUCGCACAUGCUUGGACUGCAAGCAAACUUUGCCGUCAGUGGGAGAGUCUUUCCACCGCCUCCCUUCCGGAUGCGGUGUAUGUUCGGCACCCGUGGACAAGGCACUUCUAAGGGCCAAGAAAAACUCGAAGGAGAAGAUUUACAUCUGCCAAGAGUGCAAGACUAAUCUCUGCAUCUCCUGUGGAGGACCUGAAGCCGACAUGCCUUGCUCAACAUGCGACAGGGCUACAGAUCUGCCUCCAAAGAAGCUAUGUCCUUCAAAGUUCUGGUGUUGGGGUUGUCACAAAGAUUUGACCGAAAGGAGGAACAAAAAGUACAGGAAGGAUCCAGCUAGGUCGGACUUCCGGUGCGACAACUGUACUACCCUUCACUGCCUUCGGUGCGGAAAGAUACACCGCGAGGAUGAAGGCAGUACCUGGACAGAUCAGUUACAGAAAUACUGGUAUGCGAUUGAAGAUUUCAUAUGGCCACUUCCUCCUAGGUCGAUACCUUGGUAUGCACGGAGAGCCGUCAGGCUUGGCGUCAAGCCAUUAACGAUGCAUGACGUCUACAACCCGGAUAACUGGUACUACGAGGGAGAUUCCGAGGAUGAUUCCGAUACCAGCAAGAGAAAUGCACGGCACGGGAAGAUCGAAAAGACAAUCGGGCCAGGUAGUUCGGGCUCAGCAGGAUCAAGGACAUCAUCAAGGUCCUCCCAGAGACUCAAAAUUGGCCCCUCGCAACUCAAUCGGAUCUCAAUAGAUACCAGCGCAUACGCGAAUAUGACUGACAUCGACAUGGCGACGUACAAUCGACAAGUCUAUGAGCUUGCAGUGAAAUGGGCAGAGAAGUACUUCGCUAUGCAUGGCCUAAGAACCAGGAUUGAGGAUGAGGCAUGGCUACAAGAUCUCAGUCCGCAAUUCGUACAAUACGCAAACCUCGUGGUCCAUGAGGACCACCAGUUUGGUGGGUAUAGCCAGAUACUCAACGACAAGAGGAACAGAAAGUGGCUCGUCGUGGGCAUUCUGGCUCAGAUCAUAGAGAAAAAGAUCUACACAGAGUUGCUAUUUGGGAUGACUGAUGAGCAGAGGAGACUGCUUGAUGAGCAAGAUGCGCAGCUACUUGGGGCUGAUGGCUACGCCAGAACGAAGGCUCGAUCAGAAUACAUUAAUGCGAUGUUGGAGAAGACACCAAGGAACCCAGAAGCCCUUCCAGGAAGAUUUUGGAGUGCCAUUGAUGCUUUAGCCGUGUCUUCAGCGCAUAUAUUUAUGCCACUCUUUAAUCUUACCCAGCAACACACGAUGGAUCCAGCCCAAGGAGAAAGUAAUCCGAUCGAUAUGGUCGGAGAGCUUCGUAAGAUUCUCGCGCAUGCUGGCUUCUACCACGUCUUCAUGCGGCGUUCACCAACUAUAUACCACAUACUGUCGGCAACGCCUGGAGCUCGUAUGGACUAUCCAAUUGAAGGACAAGCAGACUAUGAGCUGUACAGAGAGUCUAAAGAGAAGGCUGAAAUUGAUGGGAAAGUGUGGGAGGCACAAGAGAAAGCGAGGAUAGCCGACGCUGAGCAUGACCCUAGUUACUCCAAGGAGGACAUCGCAGAACUGAAAAAGGAGUUUAGGAUCGCCUCACACUACCGACUUCGCGGGGCCAAGGUCAAGUUUGCCGUCUGGCCCAUGGUAACGCGUUACGUGCCUGUCAACGUUGGCAAGCCGGUGGUACGUGACAACUCCUUCAUAGCCGACCGGGUAGGACGCCACAGGAGAAAUCGUGUCACCCAAGAAGAGAUUGAGAAGGGUGAGGGCCAACGUAUUGUUGAGAUCGGAAAAUGCGUCGUUGUGUACUACCAGGGCAUCAUUUACCAGGAUCCGAAUGCCAUCCGGGAGGCUAGAGACACCAUAGGUCUCCCUUUACUUGCCUUCGUGAGCAGGUUGAAACACCACAAUUUGAAGCGGAUUAGCGACAGUUGGUCAUGGUUUUGGAUCAGCCUCCUCUCGGCUAUGGCGGCUACGGUUGUAUUUGGCAUUGGUUUCUGGCUCACCCCGGACAACAACAUUCACCUUCCACACCUUCCGGACUUAUCCAAGCUGUUUCACUAUACGAAAAACUACUUAGAAGAUAUCGAAAGACGAACAUGGCUUGCUUUCCUAGCUAUGGCGCUGCCGGCUUCUACUUGGAAGUUUCCUGGCUUCCGUCGCCUGGCAGUUUGGGGCUGGGUCGGUCUUUGGUCUCUCAGCUUCCUUUCAUCGGUUGCGGUUCCCUAUGCCGUAACGUUGAUACAACCUUACAUUGAGCCAUAUGGUUACUGGACGAUCAAUACUUUCUUGAACGCGAUGUCAUGGUUGCAUGAGUCGCCUCGACUCAUCGGGCUGUGA